GUGUGUCCAUGUUGUAUUGACUUUGUAAACAUGGCUGAAGGGAUAAGCAAGGAACUGAAGAUCAAGGCAGCCUCAGAGGCACUAACCAGCCAACUGUUUGACCUCACAGGGGUAAUUGACCCCUUAAUGAUGGCUCUCAAUUUGAUUUCCAAAAAGAUUAUUGAUCGAUCGAUUCUCGAGAGAGUUAGACUGUUGAGUUCCACGAAGAGUGAGAAAGCGUGCGAUGUCCUAACUGCUGUCUCUGAUGCUGUAAUGAUUAAUCCAGACUGCUUUGCCACUUUUUGCGAUAUCCUCGACAAUGAGCCAGUAACUAAAGAUAUUGCAAGGAUUCUGAAAGAAAACUAUGAACAGGAACUUCAUACAGCUCAACAAAGUUUAUCAUGCACAUGUACUGUCCUAAAAAAGUCAUUCUUGAACAAGCUGAAGAAUUUGCUGUACGGUUUGAAAGGGUACAGCUAUGCUGAGAAGAAAAAGACGGAACAACAUGCUCUUACAGAAUACGUGACCUGCUUCAUUCAAGCUGGCUGCUCUUCCACUGACCAUUUGGACAAGCAUCUCUUGGCUCUACACGAACAAGAUAACCUGAUUACCGAUGUUUCCUUAUAUCAUUGGGCAAAGCAACUGGCCACAAAAAAAUUUACUGAAAUUGCCACUCUACCAAUGAAUCCGAUUAAGAUUUCUUCUGUUACAAAAGUACCUCUUUUCUCAAAGCCUGUUGUGUAUCAUGCUAGUAUUUGCUCACUAGCAGUCAACAAGACUGAUGCUGGGGAAUACCAAAAGUUCUUCAAAGACAAGCGAUUUGUUCCUGGUCACUCGUUUAAAGAAGUGUCUAUCUCUCGAUCAAAACAGGAGCGGUAUCUCAUAGCAACACAAGACGACUCUACCUACUACAUUGCUUUUCAGAGUGAGCCAAACAUCACAGAAUGGCCCAAGAGGUUCAUGUCCUUUGAAAAUGGGAUUAACAUUCAAGCGGAAAGCUUUCCAAUUGACUUCAUCACAGAGCUUCUCAACAAUGACACAAACCGAGUUGUUCUCACAGGUUUUUCCUUUGGUGGGAUGCUUGCUUGUUCGAUAGCUGUUAAAGUGUGGCAGCGAGGGUACAUACCAGCUCAGCUACUUCAAGAGAACCUCGUGUGUAUCACAUUUGCCCAGCCCCACCUCCCAGUGCCCCAACUAGCAGACCUGGCGAGAGACCGUCCUGAGAUUGUUAACACAAUCCAUGCCAUCUACUUUGAAGAGGACAUAGUUUCUCGCCUUCUGAGGGUUCUUGACCUACCAUGUAGCACUCUGAUUGAAGAUCAAGAACCUGGCCUUCAAAUGAAAGUUAGAGAACUGCCUAAAUCUGCUUUUCAAGACCCUUUGACACAAAAGCUUCUCUCAGACAUAGGACAGCUCUCGUUUGAAAGCUUGGAAGUGCCCUCAUUUUCUGAGUUCGUGGAAUUCCUAAGGAAGAUAUUGGAAGGGUUGUCUCGAAACACUGGACUAAGCCAAUCAUUUACCUACUACCAGCUCUCCUACUCCACCGACCAGUCCUCUUGUCUUCAGUUCAGUGAGAUGACAAAAGAUCAAUCAGCCAUUCAAUCUUCACAUCUCAAAACUGAUGAAUUGCUACGUCUCACACCAAAGGUCUUUAAAAAGCAUUCCAUGGUAACUUAUUGUGAGAAACUUUUCCGUGGCUACUUGGACAAAACUCCGGAGUACAGAAUUCCCUCCGAAGGAAAGGCUCCAGUUUCUCUCAACAUGAGACCGACUGUAAGUGGUGUCACUAUUCACGAACACGGCUCAGAAGUUGCUUUGGUAGUGGAAGGUACCAACUUUUGGUUCUGCUAUCGUUUGUCCAUCAGAGGAGAGAGUAUUGCAACUCCAGCUUCUAAAAUCUCUGGUACGUCAAUCAAGCUCAAUUUUGACAAAGAAAGCAAGCCGACAUUGAGUGCUCUUUCUGACAAUGAAGAAGUCAUUCUUAAAAUGUUCAAUCACUUCAUGAAGUCUCCAGUUACUGUGAAUGAAAAGGUCGUAAAAAAAGAAUACCCAGUCAGCACAAGACAGCGACAGCUAGCACGGCUCACUCCCUCUCAGCUGAUCGAGGUGACCUACCUUAGUGCUCUGCUUGAGAAGCAUCCCUACACUGGCCCCCAACCUCAGUCACACAAGGUGACCAUUAUCAAGGCAUUUCUUGACAAGGUAGUGAAUGUUGUGCCUUUGGAAAGCAUGGGAUAUGCAAUUGCACACGGAAAUGAUCAUGUCGCACUGCAAUGUGUCAAUGUGUUGGAUGCUUUAGUUGAUGAUUUGCCUUCCUCCUAUUUAAUGGAUGAUGGUUUUGAUAAAGCAACAAAGAGAGUUCGUAGCGGUGUUCCUGUUGAAAUUGUUAGUAAACUGAUUGAGCAAGUUAUAGACAGAAGCCUUUUACAAAGUCGGUUGUUGUAUGGCAUACAAUUUUCCUUGAACAAGGAAGAAAAGACACUGACGUAUACAAUUCAUUUACCUGACAAGAAAAUCUUAACUCGGACAUACUCCUUCGAUGAGCUCAAAGAUAAGUAUAAGGUAUCACCCAACAUCGAUUUACUACAGCUAUCUGGUGUGAAAAACAUAAAUUGGCUACAACAUAAAUUAUUUGACAAAGUUCAUAAGUCAAGCACAGUCAAAAGUGUCAUAUGUGGAUUGAAUAUUAGCUCACUGUACGGUGUAUCGAAUGAACAACUCAAGUCACCCAUUGAAACCCUCCAUAUUGGGAAGGAAAAGCUUGCUUCCACAUCAGGAUUUACCUCAGACAAAUUAACAUCCUCUGUCUCGUUAGUAAAUUCUGCCAUGAAGUUAGAUUGUCUUGAUAACUCUCUCAUGUUGAAAACUGUGAACGAUAUUCGUCACCAAGAGCUAGCGAUAUGUACUUCACUUCUUGCUGGAUUCAUGGAGCAACACGAAAUUAACAUUCCAUUAAUGAAAUCAGAGAAAGAUCACUCGAAGGUUUUGGAACUUUCAGCUAGAGCAAGCGUGGGUGUGUGGGCAUUAUCAAGUCUUGACUUUGAGCAUAUUCAGCCGAUUCUCAAGCAAUGCCGUGGUGAACAACUGCUCGUCAAGAUCGAAGACUAUAUCAAGGGUAUUAUUGUUGAAGCCAAAGCAAUGUCACCUUCUCCAGAUGAUACCCAAUAUGCUGCCAAGCUUCAGUUCAUCGUGCAAGGAGCAGAGAAAACAGUAACCUGCAACAGUCAAUACAUCAGCUACUCCCUCGAGCGACAACUUGCCGACAUUUGUAGUGAAAGGAAAAUCACUGAAGAAAUACCCUUGGAAAAAUUAGUUUUACAGUGGGAACAACUUUUUGAGAAGAACAUUCUCUCCCUCGUGGCCAAAUCUCAUCGCCCGCUGAUUGCUCGCUGGCUGAAGUGGGCUCUGAUUGUCCACAACCUUCGUGAGGAGCUGGCCAAGUACACAGCCGUGGGGGUGGUGGGACUCGUAAACUCAGGGAAGUCACGACUCAUCACCACACUCUUUGGGAUACAGAUUCCCUCUGGCACUACUGAGGAUAAUAGGACGACUGUUCCAUUCAUGUAUAACCUUGAGGAUAAAGUGGAUGGUCUGGACGUAGUGGACUUCCCUGGGGUGGACGACAGAGACGAGAGCAUCUCUGGACUGGCUGACCUCCUCCUCACUCUGGCACAGAUCAUUAUCUUUGUGGUGGACUACAGGAAAGUCCACACUGAGUCCAGUAAGAAGUGGUUGGAUAGACUGCAGGUUGAGAAAGUGCCUGUGCUGGUGUGUCUCACCUUUGCAGACAAGCUCUAUGCUGAGCAAAUGAAAGAUGGUGAACACCUUACUGAUGAAAGCAAGUACCCUGACAAGAUAUCCACUAAGCACAAGCUUCAAGCUGAGCUGGCUAGAAUCAAAGAGAAGCUGGAACUCCCAUCCUCUCACCAAAUUGAGUUCUGCUCAUUCAGUCAGGACAAAGAUUCUAUUCUGAAUUGCAAGGAAGGUCGCCAGAGACUGAGGGAUGUGGGAAUCAGCACCCCCUCUGAGGUGGGCGAUUGGCUAGUGGACACUUUCAAGAAGAGGUUUGGACAAGACGAUCUGGCAGACAGGCUCAAAGAUUUUGUACAUUCUAGUUAGUACAGAGAGCAACUUUAACAUUAACUGUGUGUGUGUGUGUUGUUAUAAUUAACAUUAUUGUACAUUCAAUGUAUUGUGUGGUAAUAAGUUUAUGGUCUGU